ACCCUAUGAAAUCCUAAUCUGUACAGAUUCACUGAGUUUUAUGCAAAGCCUUUCCAUUCUAGAACAACAGACAAAUAUUAAAAAAGGACUGCGGCAAUUCAGAGCUAACAUAACAAAAAACUCUAUAAUGUGGAUUCCAACUCACAUCGGAAUAGAAAGCGAUGAAAUGACAGACAAGGAGGUAAAGACAGCGUUAGCAAAACUGGCUACUACAUUCUCGGCUCCUCAGUGGCCAAGGUUGGUUUGGUUCAGGAUGCCUCUUGUAAUUAUGUAUGAUCUGGAUCACAUAAUUUGGUUCUACCUAAACUACUUUAAUAAUAGGAAAACCAUAAUUAAUAAAUUAAAAAAGUAUCAUAAAACCAUCAUUUACAAUCAAGUAAUUACUAAUAGACUUUCUAAUUAAGUUGUUUAAAAUUAUAGAUAGUUUCCUAAAGAUUAAUAACAUAAAUAUUUAUUUAUUUUUUGCAACAAGAACAUUAUUGUAAAUAAUUGUAAUUUAACAUUCAUGAAAUUAUUGUAAUUUAUUGUUGAACAAAUCUUUGUGUUAAGAAACGAAUUUAUAUUUCAGAACAAAAAUGAUACAACGAUUAACUUAUCGAAGUCGGCUAUCAUAUAACACAAAAAACAAUAGAAGACGCGUGUAGGUAUUCGUUUUCUUUAAACAAUAAAAAAAUUCUUAUAUUUCAUAUAUCACUGUAUUAUUUUUAUAAUAUAGGAAAUUUUUUAUAGAACUUUUGAAAGCAUAAAUAUUUGAUUAUUUAAGGUUGUAUUUUGGUUCAUUUCAAUAUGUGAAAUUUACAUGUCCACUGUUUAAAAUUAUAUCAUCGUGAAUUACAUUGAAUAUAAAAUCUCAUUUGUUUUAAUUAUUUAUUACUCUGAUUAAUUCAUUAGAAACUUGUUUUAUCAUUUGUAAAUAUAUUAUGUAUAAAUAUAUUAUGUAAAUUACAGUGCGCACUCCUAGAGGAAAGUUAAUCUAUAAAUACAAAGAAAAUCCCUAGUUGCGAUCAAUGUAAGGACAUAUUAAGGGCGAGACAUAUCGAACCAGCGAGAUCUACGGAAAGAUCGCAAAUGUAUAGACGUAAGAAAACUGUGAAAUGAGUAUACGGUGUUCUCUGUCAGAAAUGCGUUAAAAAAGGAUUGAUUUUUUUUAGUUUCACAAAAAAAUUGUCUAAAGUCAAAGAUUCACUACUGAACUUAUAUUGUCAAUAUAUUGUAUAUAUAAGAAAUAUAUUGUAUAUAUUUGUAAGGCUUGUCAAGGGUUUUUUUUAUUGAAAAACAAAAGAUCGUCACAAAGGUAAUGAAAACACAAGCUUUCGCAAAAUUAAAGAAAGCAGGAAAAUGAUUAUAUUUCAUUUUUUAAAUAAAAUGUAUUUAAAAAUUCAAUGUGUCAUGAAUUAUUUUUUUUAUAAUUAUAACAUUUAGUUCAAUGUAAUAUUUUCCAUAAUUUAGCACAUAAUCAUAUAGUUAUAGUAUAGUUAUAGUAUAAUGAUGUACAAUGAGUAAUGAAUUUUCAUCAUUUGUCAAAAGUUUCAGAAUUCAAUUAUGAAUUACGUGAUUGUUUUUUGCAAUUUUGAUUAUGAAUUUUUGUAGUUAAUCUUAAUGUUAUACAUAGUGAAAUUUAUCUUGCUUUUUCUUGUUUCAAUUUAGAUUAUAGAGUUCAUUUAAUUGCUUUUUAAUUAUUUUUAGAGUGUUGGAAUAUUUGAAGUAACUUUUUGAUCAUAAAGUAGCUUUUAUAUUAUUGAUAAUUUUGAUUGAGUUUGGUUUUAGAGUUAGUGUUGCGACAUUAUUUCAUCGCGAUUUGCAGUUACUUAUAAUUUCAGUUAUUGUUCCAAUUUUCAAUUACUAUUCCUCUUAGUGUUGCGAUAAUGAAUGAUCGCAUUUCUGUAGCGUUGCAUUUAUAAAGUUUUCAGAUUCUUCCACUGAAUUCGUAAAAAGUUGUUCCUGCUCCUGGAUCACAUGUGCAGCUACAAAAAGUAAUCAUUCAUUUGUCAUAAUUAAUUUUGCAUGUUUUUAAAAAUGAGUGCUUAAAUUAAUUACGUACUUAUUUUCAGGAGUUUCCUAAAUAUGAUGAUGCACUCUUCUCAUUUAAUUUUAAAUAUUCUAUUUAAUUAAUACUUGUGAAUUAGUGUUGUAAAACGAUUUGCUGUUUAGAUUCAUAUUAAUAAUAGAUAAUUUGCAAAGACGAGGUAUAGGAUAUCGAUUGCUAGCUUUACAUUUCGGUAUUGAAAAUUUAACAACACUAUAAUGGGUUUCAAAAAUCAUAUUUCUGACGCAUUCACUGCAUGAUCAACUUCGAUCGUUUUGCUAAAUGUAGUUCCUACAUUCACCGCUGUUUAAGCGUAGAGUGCGCUUAGAAUGCGCUCUAAAUUAGUGAUUUUUUUACUAUGUCGGUAUUUCAGAUCACGGGACACGAAAUCUCACAAGAUGUUUUGUCUAUUGCUAUACUUCGUCUGUGAUAAUUGUAUAGUAGCUCUUUUUAUUGUUUUGAGUUGGAAAUGCUUAUUUUUUAGUAGCCCAUUUGUAUCGCUAUUUUCUUCUGGCUAUUGUUUUAGAGUUUCUUCAGUAAUAGCUAUGUUUUGUUAGUGUAUGUUUCGUUAGAUAUUCUUUUUCAACACUCUCUACUAUUGCAUUUGUUAUUAAAAAUACUGCUAAAAAAUAUACAUUUUUUUUAUUAAUAACAUUGUUAUUAGUUUUAGAAUGCAGAAUUUUAUUACAAAUUUAAUAUAUUUAUAUAUUUUAAAUAGUAUAAAGUAUAAAUGAUUGAAUGUUUUAUAUAUAUAAAAUGAUUGCAUAUUUGACACACACAUACAAUAAAGCGAGAAAAAUAUUAGAAUAAAAUACUUAAAUAGAAUGAAAAUUUGAAACUUUUUUUUACAAAAUAAUUAAAUUGAUAGUACUUUGUAGAAUAUUUUGAAAUAUGAAUUAGUAUCCAAUUUAUUGUUAUUGAAGUGUCAAUAAUAAUGAUUGUUCGUUAUCAGGGUUAUUUUUUUUUGUCAUUAUCUCUUCUUUUUUCUGUUCUAAGUAUUUCAACAAUUAAAUAGAAUUUUAUAAAUUUUCGAUUUUGCACAAAUCAAAGUUUAUUUGCGAUCAUCCUUUAUUUGUAACAAAAAUACUGCAAUGAACGCAUUUUGGACUCUUCGUGCUAUAUAAUGAAUAAAUAAAAGUUGAAAGAUAAAUCAUGUGAUUUUAAUCGAGUCUUCCUUCAUCUUAGUAUCAAAGAUAAAUUUUCAAUUUUUAGCCCAAUUAUUAUUUUACUUAUUUAAAUUCAAACACAAGAAAUUCUUACUUUCAAUUUUAGUAAUUUUGAGUAAAAAAAAUAAAAAAUAAUUUAAUUCAAUUAAUAAAGUAUAAUUAUAAAGUAAUAUGUUGAUAACUGACUUUUUUUUGUAUGUAAUGUCUUCAUUGUAGAUUUUUUUAUUUUGUCUUUUUAUUUUAAUUAUAAUUUUAUUUAAUUAUAAUACUAAUUCAAUAUAUAAAUCUGUUCAGAUUUAUUAAUUUACAGAGUAGUUAGUUACAAAUAAUAUAAAAAUAUAUAGGAUGGAUGGUUGCAAAUAAGAGUUAUAUUUUUUCAGAUUUUACUAAUCGUUUUUAGUUUCUUAGAUUUCUUUUAGGUUCAAAUUAUGGAAUUAAGAAAAAGAUUUCGUAAUAUAACAAGUUGAGGAAUCAUCGGAAGAAUACUUCAUAUAACAUUACUUCAUUCCUUUUUAAUUAUAUUUAUGUAUUCGUAUAAAUAGAAUAAAGAAAAAUCACUCUUUGUAAAUAUAGGUGAAGUUAGGCUCAAUUAGGCUUAAUUAGGCUAUAGAUAAUUGUUUAAGCAUGAUACAUUUAAAUUGAUAUUUGGGUACGUAAGAUAAGUUAAUAUUGAAAUACAUGCAUGGUUAAAGGUAGUUUUCAUUAAUUUAAGUAGAAUAAAUAAAAUUCUAUAUGAAACAUGUAUUUAAACUUUUCAUUGUUUAAGCUUAUUAUAUAAUCAAAAUUGUGUCUCAUGUAGAAAUAGUUAGUUUUACUUUGAACAUAACUUCUAUUUUCAUAGAAAUUUAGCUUUUCGCGUCAGUUUUUCUCACAGAUUUUUUUAUUGUGUUUGAUUUGCAAACGGAUCAAGGUAUUGAACGUAACAUAUAAACGUAUAAUAGAAGAACGAUUUAUUCAUAAUUUAAACUAGCAAAUUUUUGUUCGCAAAAAAAUAAGUUGCGAAUAGGGUCUUCAUUCGCAGCACCGCAGCAGCAGCCGUAGUAAGGUCUAGUUAAUCGGUAUUACUUGAUAUAUAAUUACUAAUUGCAUUAUUAAAUAGCUGAACAUUUAAUUAUAUAACUUAUAAAAAUUAUUAAUUAUAUGGCAAGUAAUAUGGCGAGCUGAUUGACUGCGUUUUCGAUUACGUGCUUAUGUAGAUGUACAUAUCCAUUGGAUUAAUGAAAAAUGAAUAAUAUGUAGUUUUUUAAGUAAUUUAAAUGUAGUUUAAUGUAAUUUUUUACGGUAACUAAUUUGUAAGUGCAUGAAAAAUAUUUCAUCCGCAUUUUACAAGGAUAUUUCAAAAAAUCUAGGAUUUAUUAUUCCUUCUGCAAUGGUUAUAUCUGUAAAUGAGAAGAUUGUUCUUUCUUCUUCUCUUUAAUUCCUUUUAUAAUUCUUUAUAUAAUAUAUAAAUAUUAUAUAUUACAGAUGAGAUA